CUGGCACAGCAGUAUCGCCACUUUCGCUCUCCAUUCGCCGUUCAUUUCCCUCGUCCUUUAUCGUCCCAGUUGCUCCAAGGUCCGGCGAAGAUGAGGCCUCCACAAAGAGGGCGCGGCGGAGGUGGGUUUAGGGGUGGACGUGGCGGCGGCGGAGGUAGAGGCGGAGGCCGAGGCGGAGGUGGUGGACGUGGCGGCGGAAGCGCCAUGAGAGGACGUGGCGGUGGACGUGGCGGUGGGAGAGGCCGUGGAGGAGGAAGAGGAGGAGGGAUGAAGGGAGGAAGCAAAGUGAUUGUUGAGCCACACAGACAUGAAGGAGUGUUCAUUGCUAAGGGUAAAGAAGAUGCCCUUGUGACAAAAAACUUGGUUCCUGGUGAAGCAGUCUACAACGAGAAGAGGAUUUCUGUUCAGAAUGAAGAUGGAACCAAGGUUGAGUACAGAGUCUGGAACCCGUUUCGUUCUAAGUUGGCUGCUGCCAUUCUUGGUGGUGUUGAUAACAUAUGGAUUAAACCAGGUGCCAAAGUUCUUUACCUUGGUGCUGCUUCUGGAACCACAGUCUCUCAUGUCUCUGAUCUUGUUGGACCGGAGGGAAUCGUUUAUGCUGUCGAGUUCUCUCACCGAAGUGGUAGAGACUUGGUGAACAUGGCAAAGAAGCGGACUAAUGUUAUACCCAUUAUCGAAGAUGCUAGACACCCUUCUAAAUACAGGAUGCUUGUAGGCAUGGUUGAUGUGAUCUUCUCUGAUGUUGCUCAGCCUGACCAGGCUAGGAUUAUGGCCCUCAAUGCAUCAUACUUCCUCAAAGCGGGUGGUCACUUUGUGAUCUCCAUCAAGGCAAACUGUAUAGACUCGACGGUACCGGCAGAAGCAGUGUUCCAGAGUGAAGUGAAGAAGCUGCAACAAGAGCAGUUCAGGCCGGCUGAGCAGGUGACUCUCGAGCCGUUCGAGCGUGACCAUGCUUGCGUUGUCGGUGGUUACCGUAUGCCCAAGAAGCAGAAGGCUGCCACUGCUGCUUAGACCACAUCACUUGUCUUGUUCCCUUCCCUGUUUUGUCUUCUUUAGAUCCUGCCAGUGGAUUUUGCUAGAUGUUUUCUCACUUUGACAAAUUAAGCUGUGUUCCCUUUGGAUAACCCUUUUUAUUAUUAUCAUUCCAGAAGCCCCAACAGAGCUAAGAGUAAUUUAGGAAUGUAUUAUUUGCCAUUUA